AAAUAUCACAAACAAGAAUGUUGAGAAACAGCAUGGUGAAUGGUUCUGCUACAUGUUGCACUGUUGAGCAAGAACUGAAAGAAGAGAAAACUCGGAAUGUCAAUAUUGCUGAGAUAUCUGCAGAAUUGCAAAGGGAAAAACAGAAAAACGCGAAGCUAAUGAAGAGAAUAUCAGUUCUUGAAUCUCACAUACAAGGAAAACAUAAAGACAUCAACUUCUCAAAUGGAAAUGCCAGUAGUCAAAGUAUAGACGAAAGGCAUUUCAGAAAGCUCAAGAGACAAAGAGUAGCACAAUCUAUCGACAUCGACCCUAAUGAGGACAGAACACGAAAAAUGGACUCAGAGGUGAAGGAUCAUACCGAAAUUUUCCUAACGAAAGACGUUCAUACAGAACAUUGCCUAGUGAAUUGGAUGAGCACGGAUGAUACUCAGUUUCUGAAUUUUGAAAGAUCCAAAGACAGUGAUUCAGCAGAAGAUAACAACCCUGAUGAUAGUGAAGACGAAGAUGACCAAGAAUCCGAGGACAGUGGCACUUAUACUGACAUUGUAGAUAGAGGAAAUGUCAAGAGCUUGCAAAUUGACAAGGAGAGCGAUGAACUGAAAGAAGAUACCGGUGAAGCAAGUGAUCCACCCGUCUUGGAAAGUUGUGAUCAUCAUGCAGAUAUGGACGUCUGCAAGAACGCAGAAACUAAUAUGCUCGAAGCAUACGAGGAGCUUUCAAAAGCCUGUCCUAUUGAUCAUGAAAUAAGAAGACCGGGAAGUGCAUCGUCACAUAAAAAGUCCCUAAAGAUGGCAUUCUGUCCCAAGGAAGUAAAGAAAAUGCUAGGAUCAAAAGAACUUUCACUGGAAAAUGCUCAAUCUCAUACUAUGAGAAAAAUCUUAGUUUUCACACCUCUUGGUACAAGGCACGGGAGUGAAGACAUGUAUGAACUAGACUUCAAUCAUUUCAGCAUUUUACACAAGGGAGAACCAUAUAUAGAUUCAAAAAAUCCAGGGGAGCAUGUAUUAUACGACAACCCUGGAUUUCGGAGGAAGAUAUUCUAUCCCAACAGACACAACCCAACCUUGUGUCCUGUUAAAAUACUUGAAGAGGAGAAGUCUAUGCGUCCCUCGGAUGCCACCUGCCCGUCAUGCUUAUUCCUAUGCAUCAAGUAUGGAGGAAGGACAAGAAAUCUUCCUCAAAAUGAAUAUGUCCGGCAGCGAAUGGGAAGAAACAAACUGAAAUCUUUUGGUCCGGUGAUAUGUCGGAUGGCUAUGCUGAUCCAUAUUCGCAGCGGAAGCUUCUUCUUUAAGGCCUUAGGAAUUACACUUCUCUUCAUGGCUGGCUUUCCUAAUGACCUGGUUCAAAGAGAAACCAAAUAUAAGAACUUGGACCUCUUACAGAAGUAUUACAGGACAGAUGAGGAUGCAGAAAAGGAGGAGUUAUUUCUAUCACAUACCGAGACUGAUGCUAUUAAUAUUAGUCCCACUUCAGAGCAAGGGAAAAAAGCAUCAACGAAGUCAUCGAAAGUCAAGAGAGAAGCAAUCUCUAAGACCAAAACAUCAGAAAAAGCUACAACUAUACAUUCUAAACCUUCAUGUUCUGCCCCACCUCCUGAACCAUUUGGACUAAUGGGCUACGCCUCGUCUCCAAGUCAGAUGACUAUACCAAUACCAUCAACUCAAGCACCAGCAGAUACGCGAAAACCUGAAAUGGCUAAUACUGCAGCCAAUAUUCACUACCAUAACCAAUGUUCUUAUCCUGUUUUCCCAAUGUAUCCACCAAACUCUGUCAUGCCUUUUGUAUAUUGGCCUCAACCUAAUGCGAUCGCUCCAUUCCCUUACCCCUCUUCUUAUGGAUAUAUUGCACCUGGAAGCUGUAUUACAUUACAUCCAUAUUCUUCUUACUAUAAUCCUUUCAUACCACUAACUUUAGGGACUGAUGAGAAGCAAAAUGGAGCAUUAGAUGAGGCUAAAAGGGAGUCAAACAGUAGUUCAAGCAGUACAGAUUCAAGACAGAAGUAAACAGGAAUAAGAUUAGGCAUGUUGUUACUUGCAAGAACAGUUAUGGUAGCCCCUAUGUGAGUAAAUAACAUUGUUGGGGGCAGUAAAAUUAGCUUACUAACUUGAAUGAUGACAAUUAUACGAAUUCAGAAAUUUUCUACUUGUUGGUACUUGCAUAACAAAAGAAAAUUAGCAGCAUAGUUUCAAACAUAACAGCAACAGCAGAUAUCGAAGUAGAAAAGGCGAAAAACGCAAAAAUACGGACAAAUAACAAACAUAUAGACAAACAUGUUUAGCGUAUAUAGUCUAAGGCUAAGAUCAUAAUUUAAAAAUAACAAACAUAUAGACAAAGAAAUUAGAAGAAGGACAGAUAAAGUGAAAUAUCAAUGGUUUAGUGUCACCUUUUCAUUUGGUAAGAAAAAGUACGUCUUAUAGCCUUGAUGAUGAUAUUGAAGGGCACGUGAAGAGAGGUGAAGUGCUCAAUAUAUUUUGUGCCUCACUUUAGGGCUUAAGUGCGCCUUUAAUUACUCUAGAUAGUGGAUAUGUUAAUUAGUAUAAAUUUCUUUACUUCAAUUAUUGCAUUAUUUAUUGUUAUUAUAUAAGCAGUUGAUUAUCAUAACCAAUAUUUCUAAUUUUACUAAAUAGAAGUUACGACUGCAUGGUAUACAUCAUAUUAUCAGAUCUCAGCUCUGAAAUUACACUGACUAUGUUUAUUAUUGUUAUGAAUUAUCUCUCUGUUUUUUUCAUUUUUUUCCUUAUAAUAUAAGCAUUUGAAGUCUGUGUAUUUUUAUUAUUUUUUUGAAAUUUUGAGUGGAAUAUGUUAUUCAAUUCAAUGUACCAAUUUUUAGAAAAAGGAUAAAACAUGUUCUUCUUCUUAAUUAAGAGCUAUUUGUCCAUAAGUGAAGAUUUUUG